GCACAUUGAAGAAGUGCAAUAAAAGGGGGAUUGGUUUUCCAGUUGGGUAGGUCUGAGUUUUCAUUAAGUUUCAAAUUUGAAGGCACAACCACACCUUUCUCCUCUCUCUCCUUCAACGUUUGUGCACUCACAAAUAUUUGAGAUGAUCAUGCACCAUUAACUAUACAUGAUGAAUGAAAUGCAAGCAAUCAUGAUAUUGAUGCUGAAAGUCCAAGAGGGUCUCUGAGCAGCACCUUAAUUAACCCCACCCACCACCCUUCCCUCAUCAUUAAUACCAUGAUAUCAAUACUAGCAGAGAGAGAUAUCAGACAAAUAAUGGGCACUGUUGGUGUUGGGGGUUCAUCUUCUUCUUCUCCUCCUCCUCCUCCUAGUCGUCAUCAUCAUCAUCUUUUCCUUUUGGCUUUCUUCCUUUCCCUCCUUCUACAAACGGUUCCGGUUCAAUCCAGCACCUUAAAUUACACAAGGUAUAGGAAAGUCAGCACCUUGAGACUCCAAAGGAUCCAGACUCACUUGGACAACAUUAACAAGCCCCCUGUCCUCACUAUACAGAGUCCAGAUGGUGAUCUGAUAGAUUGUGUCCAGAAAAGAAAGCAACCGGCUUUGGAUCACCCACUUUUAAAGAAUCACAAGAUCCAGAAGGUGCCAACAAAGAUGCCAAAGGGCAUGAAUGUGAAGAGAGAAGAGAGAGUGAGUGCAUGGCAAAUGUGGCACAAAAAUGGAACAAGGUGUCCAAAGGGAACGGUUCCGAUACGGCGGAGCACAGUGCAUGACGUGUUGAGAGCAAAGUCUUUGUUUGACUUUGGGAAAAAACAACGCCGCUUUCCUCUCACGCGCCGCCGCGACGCCCCCGAUGUAGUCAGCGGCAACGGCCAUGAGCAUGCUAUCGCAUACACUGGAUCAUCACAGGAGGUGUACGGUGCAAAGGCAACAAUAAAUGUGUGGGAACCUUCGAUUCAAGUGGUCAACGAAUUCAGUCUCUCUCAAAUUUGGAUCCUUUCAGGCUCCUUCGAUGGCUCAGAUCUCAAUAGCAUUGAAGCUGGAUGGCAGGUCAGUCCGGAGCUUUAUGGUGACAGCAGACCCAGAUUAUUCACUUACUGGACGAGUGACUCAUAUCAAGCAACCGGAUGCUACAACCUUCUUUGUGCGGGUUUUGUGCAAACAAAUAGCAGGAUAGCUAUUGGAGCUGCCAUUUCCCCCAUCUCAUCUUAUGAUGCCAAUCAAUAUGACAUCACCAUCCUCAUUUGGAAGGAUCCGAAAGUAGGGAAUUGGUGGAUGAGUUUUGGUGAUGGCACAUUGGUAGGGUAUUGGCCAGAAGAGUUGUUCACACACUUAGCCACCCGUGCGACGAUGGUGGAAUGGGGUGGCGAAGUGGUAAACACACGUGGCAACGGCCAACACACAUCGACCCAAAUGGGAUCUGGCCACUUCGCCGAGGAUGGAUUUGGAAAAGCAAGCUAUUUUCGUAACCUUGAAAUCGUAGACACCGACAAUAGUCUAAGCUCGGUGCGCAAUAUCUUAACCCUAGCUGAGAACACCAAUUGUUAUGACAUCAAGAGCUCCUAUAGUAACGAAUGGGGCACAUACUUCUACUAUGGUGGGCCAGGCCAUAAUCCUCAAUGCCCAUGAUCAUAUCAUAUUUUUAUUCUUCUUCAUCAUGACGUACCUAUCUUUGCGUUCUAGCUCUUUACAUGGUACUAUUGUUUUGAGUUAGUUAACGUCUAAGUCUUGUUGCAUUCUUUGCUUGUACGUAAAUAUAGAAUUAUUGUUGUUGAGCCAUUUCCGUUCUUGUUUCUGCCACCUUUUUGUUUUGUUUCCUUUCGAAGGGAAGGAAAAUGUGUGUUGUAGCCAAUAAGCAAUUAAGGAACUUCGGGACACAUGUACAUGGAUGCAUAAACACGAUUGGAAAUGGUUAUUGAACGACUAUCAUCGUUAAUGUCAUGCACUCGAUCAUGCUUAA